AUAAUUAACACUUAUUUCAGAUUUAUUGAAAAUGUUAUGAGUCUUCCUUUCAAGGAAAAUGUCAAGUAGUCAAUCAUUGGUCAGUCUGGCCAGGGAUGUGUUGGUUGCAGUAUCCCCAAAUACCUUGUGCAAAGAUCCUAAGAAUAAAUCUCUUAGGGCAUAUAAACCAAAGAAAGGGAUUGUUGUUGAAAAGGAAGAAACAGAUUCUGAGGAUGAUUUUGUAAAGGAAUUUCUAUCGGGGGUGAGUGGACCUACAGAGCCAGUUGUAAAUAGCAGUGGAUACAGUACGAAACAUAGGAUUCUAGAAAUGAAGAAAACCGGGGACCCUGCUAAGACUCUUGAUGAUAAGAUAAAUAGAAGCAGUGGUAAUUCUGAUCCAAAGCUCAGAUACAGAUCUAUCAACCGUAGAAACCUGUUUCAAGUCCCAGAUCGCAAACCAAUUAAUGACACAAUCAGCUUUCUGAAUGAGAACAAGACCACUGGAGAAAAUGAUGAGAAUAGAAAUGAGAAUUUGAAGAGGAGAAGGGGAGAGAACAAGAUUGAAAAUGGGGGGUUCAAAAACAGGAUGCUUAAAGAAUACAAGAUCAAAGAAGAUGAAGACAGGAUCCCGGACAUACUUCCACCACAUCUCAUUGGAUUACAGAAUUUUGGGAAUACUUGCUAUCUAAACUCUGUGCUACAGGUUUUACUGGGACUACCCACCUUUACUUCAAAUAUGCUGAAUCUAGGGCCUAUGUUAAAGAACUAUGGUUCAUCAGAUGAGAGGAAGCCCUUUUAUUUUAUCAUCUCCUUAAUCUACCUCAUUAAUGUAAAGGAGAUAAAGGUGUUUGACAAGGAGAAACUACAAAGAAGGUUGGAGAAUAUUAAACAUUGUCUUGAGCAGGUUAACACCAGGUUCCAGGGAACUAAGAUGCAGGAUGCGAAUGAGUGCCUGAGUAUAUUUCUUGAUACAAUAACAGAGAGCUACACUCAGCUGAGCAGUGAAUGUAGUUUAGAGAGGAAAGCUAGGAAUCCCGUUCAAGAUUUCAUGUUCAAGAAAGAGGAAUUGUCAAAUUGUUUAUCCUGCGGGAAGCAUAGUUCCGUUGUUCAAUCAGAGAUGGAGUUGUGGUGCUCCCUACCCUCUCCUCAAAUACAAACCUCUACUCCUCCAAAGUCCAAGUUUAGAGAUAUGUUUAAUACUCCAGAGAAAAGUCCAACAGCCUCGUCCCAAACACUGGAUAUAUCAGAAUAUCAGAAGGCUGUGGAGAAAGGAAUAAUGGCUCCCGUGAUAGGGGGCACUACUUCCGACAGCUUUGACCUGAAUUUCCGAGAAAAGUCAGCUCCACCAAGCCGUCAUCUUACCAGCAGACCUCCACUAGCAGAUCUGAAAAUACACCCGAGCCCUAAGCUAAGAAUCCAAGAAGAUUUAAAAGCUUAUAAAUCCGCGAAAAGUUUAUCUGACGGUGUGAGCGCAAAUACCGCGGUGGAUUUGCUUGAACUUAUCUCGCAGAAUUUCCAAGUAGAAGAGCGGGAGCGCCGUUGCGAGGAAUGUAAAGGAGAAAAGGCAAGCACCUCAACACACAUAAAUCAGCUAGCCAGAAUUUUGAUUGUUGUUCUGAAACGGUAUGAUAGUAAUGGGAGAAAGAUAUCUAGAGCUGUCCGAGUCCCCAGAAGUUUUAGCCUAAAACAGUUCUGUAGAAACCAGUGUUCAGAAAACUUGAAGGAUUCAGGCGAAAAAGAACUGGUGAAAGAAGAUAAUCUCCAUUCCGUGAUAUUAUCAAGUGUAGAGAGAAGAAUUGAAGAUAAUCCAAAUAAUAAAUCUGUGCGGUGCUCCACCUUUUCAGAAGAACUUACUGGAGUUAGCCCGCUUAACUCUCCAAGCAUUGACAGAGUAAGUUCAACUCCUCAGACACUGAAGAAACCUUCUUUUAUCUCUCCUGAAAGAACGCCCAAUUCUUUUCGUCUAUCAUCAACGCCAACUCCUAAACCAUCAAGUUCUCCUCCCAAACCACGGUUUUAUCCGUCCCAAGACUCACCUCCUGUCAAGCUGAAUGGGACCCCAGCAAAGUUUAAAGAUAAGAGCGACCAUGAUAUAUCUGAGAUGAACGAGGAGGAUCAGAUUGAGUAUAUGACGUAUAUAUCUGCUAAGCAAGCUGCUGAAACAAGCGCAGAGGAUUCUGAUCUGCAAAGAGCUCUAGAAGAGAGUCUUGUCAGCAGCAACAAUUCAGCUAGAAAGCGGUGCUGGUCACCUGAUACUAUAGGAUCCCCAGAACACAGGGUAGACGAUAGUUUUGAUAUAUCGUCAGGAACGAAGUUCAAGAUCCGAAAACUGAGCGGAACCCUGGAGGAAAAGGAAAGAUUACAGUUGAAUACUGAAGAGGAAGAGCUCAGGAUUGCUCUGAGAUUAAGUGUCGAGGAAUCGAUCAGAUCUAAAACGGAUAAAUUACAAGAGGACUGGGAUACAGACGACAGUGAAACAACUGUAGAGGAUAGUUCAGAGUACAGAUUGGUUUCAAUUAUCUCACACUACGGGUCUUCUCCUACUUCAGGGCAUUAUAGAGCACAGGUUUACAGGAGUGAUGCGAAGAGAUGGUUUGAUUACAAUGAUACAGAUGUCCGUCAAAUACAGGAUCCUUCUAACAGAGAAACUGAGACUGGAUACAUUUUCAUCUACUCACAGAACGAAUCAGAAUUUCCUUCGACUAUCUAGUCUUCAUAUCAGGGGGCCUAUGCUAGUCUAAAUUUGAAAGUUUAGGUGUGAAUUUAUUAUAGUUUAUGAUUGUACAGUUAAUUUAAAGUGUAAAGUUACCAGUGCAAUAAAACCAGAAAUAUAUGCAUUUAAUUUCAUGAUCUAGAGUUUGCCAAGUUGGAUAACUUGUCCAACAGCAACCAUUUUACAGGUUCCAAAUAUAUUAUAUUCUAAUCAA